GGUUGCCAGCGGAGUGUACGCGAUGAUGGGCUGACGUCGACUGGACCAGAGGGAAUGAGGAUUCAGUGAUUUCAGUGCUACAUCCGCGACUCUUAGUGUCUGCAAGUGCUUCAGUGCCGGCAGUGAACCCUCCCUGAAUCGUCUGACAGCCACAGCAGCAGCCGCACGUAAGCUGAAGACUGGAUUCUCUUGCGGGACAUAACCUGCAAUUGUGUAACUGUAAUCCGUGGUGUCUCUGUCUGGGCACUCCCGGACGCGCGCGAGAGCGAAAGAGAAGGCCGAGAAGAGCUUUGGAGUGUGACAAAUGGCAUCGUGCGUGAGUGAGGACAUCCGGGCGCCGCUAACGGUGACGCCGGAGGUGCAGAAGGCUAACGGCACGCAGCCCCCGAAGCCCGUGUCCUCUCCAGCCGCCCUGAUGAAGAUCAAGACCUACCUGCUCGCCCUGCGGCCCUGGUCGCUCUCCGCCAGCCUCGUGCCCACCCUCCUGGGCACCGCGCUGGCCUGCCGCUCCUCCCAUGCCUACGACUUCAACGUGUUCACGUUCCUGCUCACGCUCUUCACCAUCAUCUCCGUUCACUGUGCCGGGAAUGUCGUCAACACGUACUUCGACUUCAUCAAGGGAAUCGACAACCGCAAGUCCGACGACCGGACGCUUGUGGACCACAUCUUGACAAAGGACGAGGUCGUGUCUCUGGGCGCUGUGCUGUACUUGGCCGGUUGCUUGGGCUUCAUUCUGCUGGCGAUGUUCAGUCCGGCGCGCAUGGAGCACUUGGCGCUGGUGUAUUUUGGCGGCCUGAGCUCCAGCUUCCUCUACACAGGCGGCAUCGGGCUGAAGUACAUCGCGCUGGGCGAUGUGCUGAUCCUCAUCAUCUUCGGGCCGAUUUCCGUACUGUUCGCAUACAUGGCGCAGACGGGCUAUUUCGAGUGGACGACCAUCUACUACGCCAUUCCGCUGGCGCUCAACACGGAGGCCAUUCUGCACAGCAACAACACGCGCGACACGGAGUCUGACAAGAAGGUGGGCAUCGUGACGUUGGCCAUCCUGAUUGGGCGGACGGCGUCGCAGGUGCUGUACGCGUUGCUCCUCUUCACGCCGUACAGCAUGUUCGUGGUGUUGGCGGUGAAGUACUCCCUCUGGUACUUGCUGCCGCUUGUCACGCUGCCGCACGCCUUCAGGAUCGAGAAGGAGUUCCGCAAUCCCGUCACCAUGCACAGCGUCCCACGACAGACGGCCAAGUUGAACCUCUUCUUUGGCCUCCUCUUCGUCCUCACGAUAUUCUGCACGCCGCACCUGCCCUUCAUCACGAAGAAGUAAAAGACGUGCGGCGGCUGCUCACGUCUGCCCAAGGACACCUUCCAGGACCACUUCCACGUCGCUGGUCUCCGGAAGACGGUAGAAUGAUUGAAAAUGACGGAUAAUACAAAGAUGAAUAGACGUCUUUAUGUGCUUUAAGAAUGUUCUUUGGCACAAAUGAUCGAUGAUUAAUGUAUGUUUUAUGCAUUCUCGCGAUGGGCAAAUAAGAAAUGCAUUUCUACCCUA